AUGCCGUUCGACCUCAAAAACGCAGGCGCAACUUACACCCGGAUGGUUGCCAAGUUGUUUGGGAAAGUGCUGGGACGAAACAUGGAGGCAUACGUAGACGACAUGAUUGUCAAAAGCUGCAGAGGUGCCUCCCAUGUCAAAGACCUUAACGAGGUAUUUUCUAUUAUGAGAAAUUUCAAUUUACGCUUGAACCCUAAAAAAUGCACCUUCGCAGUUAAUGGGGGCAAGUUUCUGGGAUUUAUGGUCACUAGAAAUGGGAUAGAACCAAACCCAGAAAAGGGUGCGAUCAGCUCCGUGUUGGUCAAAGAGGAAGGAGGGACUCAGCGUCCCAUUUACUAUGUGAGCAAGGCUCUUAUACCUGGGUGUGUCACAGGGUGCGAUCAGCUCCGUGGUGCGAUCAGCUCCGUGUUGGUCAAAGAGGAAGGAGGGACUCAGCGUCCCAUUUACUACGUGAGCAAAGCUUUACACGAUGCAAAGCCAUGGUACACGGCCGUAGAAAAAACAGUAUUCGCUGCGGUCACCGCCUCUAAAAGGUUGGCCCAUUACUUCCAAGCUCAUCCUAUCCAUGUACUCUCACAUCAACCAUUGGGGAGUUUCUUACGGAACACUAACUCUGCUAGGAUGGCGAGAUGGGCCAUGCACCUCAGCCAGUUCGACAUUGAAUUCAAACCAAGACCCGCCAUCAAGGGUCAAGCUCUCGCAGACUUCAUAGUGGAAUGCAUAGCCCGCGAGGUGACGGAGCAGGUGGAAAAUGAAGAUGGUGGAUGGUGGACCUUGUCUACGCAUGGCUCAUCCAACAGUAAAGGUUGUAGUGGUGGAGUAGUGCUCAUCACCCCAGAAGGAUUCCGCGCUUACUAUGCAAUCAGGUUCCAUUUCAAAUUAUCUAACAAUGAGGCAGAAUAUGAGGCCCUCCUCAACGGACUGCAGUUAGCAGCAGGACUACGAGCAGAAAAAAUUCGCAUCCGAUGUGACUCCAAGCUAGUGGUCGGCCAGGUGACUGGGGAAUACGAAGCCAAUGAAGGGAACAUGCAAAGGUAUAGGGACGCAGUGCUGCGAACCUUGCGAGAAUUCGAGGGGUAUGAAAUUCACCAAGUACCUCGAGAACAGAAUGCUGACGCUGACAUGCUCUCCAAGCUGAGCACUGGGAUCCCUGGCCACAUUCGCAAGAUUGCUCGGGUUGAGGAUUUGGAGACAUCCAGCAUCGACAUCUCAUGGAGGAAAUUGGAAGCAGCUGGCGAGGCGUGGGUUGAGGAACUGGACAGCAUCCUUUGGACCUAUCGCACAACCCCAAGGAGAGCUACUGGUGAAACUCCUUUCGCAUUGAGUUACGGGUUCGAAGCUCGAGCUCCAGCAGAGGUGAUGAUACAGAGUAGAAGGAUGGAAGAAUACGAGGCAGAGCAAAAUGAGAUCCAAUAG